AUGCUUCAGACCAUUGCAGGGCACGGAUGGAGGUCACAUUCUAGUAAACCUGCUCAAAACUUACAUACAGGCAAACCUGGAGCUGGCUUUAGCUUUGAGCUUACUGAUGAACAGAAAGAGUUUCAAGCUACUGCUCGUAAAUUCACUGUGGAGGAAAUUAUUCCUGUUGCUGCGCAGUAUGACAGAACUGGAGAGUAUCCUCUUCCACUUAUCAAACGGGCUUGGCAGCUGGGUCUUAUGAAUUCACACAUACCAGAAAGCUGUGGCGGUCUUGGCCUUGGCAGCUUUGAAGCGUGCCUUAUCACGGAAGAGUUGGGUUACGGAUGUACUGGGGUUCAAACUGCCAUCGAAGCAAAUUCCCUGGGGCAAAUGCCAGUAAUCAUUGCAGGAAAUGAGCAUCAGCAGAAAAAAUACUUAGGAAGAAUGACAGAAGAACCACUGAUGUGUGCUUACUGUGUGACAGAGCCUGGAGCAGGCUCUGAUGUGGCUGGAAUAAAAACAAAGGCUGAAAAGAAGGGGGAUGAAUAUGUUAUUAACGGUCAGAAGAUGUGGAUCACAAACGGUGGGAAAGCAAACUGGUAUUUUUUGCUGGCUCGUACCAACCCAGAUCCAGGAACUCCUGCAAGCAAAGCCUUCACUGGAUUCAUUGUGGAAGCAGAUAGCCCUGGAAUCCAAAUUGGAAGAAAG